AUGGACGAAAAGGCGACAAUACCCAGAGAGACGAUUUCUCGAUUGGUUAAACAUUAUUUGGUGGAUAAACAACUAACUGUAACUCCUGAGGUCAUUGAAGGUAUCAGCAAAUAUCUUGAAUCAUUCGUUCAGGAGGCGACCCUAAGAUCCAUCGAAAAUCAUGAACUUAAUGGUCACAAUCAAGAGUUAGUACUUGAAUAUGAUGACCUCGAAAAAAUAAUCGGACUUCUCAUGUUGGAUAUGUAA